AUUUACGACAUGUUGGUAUAUAUCCAAAUCUCGAAAAUCUGGGUUAUUUCUUGGAAAUAAAUGGAAAAAAUUUAUUAGAAUUUGAUAUUGGUGCUUUUCAUAUUUUGCCAGAAAUAGAUCUGGCCAAGCUAUGUCCAAAUCUUAAGAUCUACUCAAUGGUUGAUGAUGUAGAUGAUAUGAGAAUAAUCUUUAAGAGUUGUCAACAAUUGGAAAGUAUCACAGUACUAGUGUAUGAAUUGCUCUUAAUAAGUGAAAAGAAGAUUUUGGAAAUUGUUGUUUCAAAUUCUCCUAAAGAAUUUUAUGAGUAA